UAAUAUAAAGAUACUAAAAAUAUAAUGUGUUCAAUAUAAAAAAUGCAGUUUCACCAAAUAAUUACUAUCUUUUUACAUUAUUAGCUGAUCUCGAGAAAAAAACGAAAAAAAACAAAGGAAUAUUUUUACUGUGAUAUUUUGAAUCCUAACGUCUCUGUACUUUGUCUCUUCACUGCAUGUUGUUUUCAGAUGUUAAUUCAGCAGCGUCUCUCACAGUGAGUCCUGACAGAGUGCAACACUUCAUUUUUGACUCUGUCUCACUGACCUGUGAGGGAAACUUCACAGAGUGGAGAGUGAUGACUGUUCUACAGCGCAACCCUUCAUAUUAUAAUAACUGUUGGAGAAUGACUGGAUCCACAUGUAUAAUCCACACAUGGGAUUCAGAUACUGGAGUGUACUGGUGUGAGUCUGGAUCAGGAGAGUUCAGCAGUGCAGUCAACAUCACUGUACAGAAAAAUUCUAUUUAUUAUCCUUACAAUUAUGUUCCUAUCCUGGUGAGUCCUGUUCAUCCUGUGACUGAGGGAGCUUCUGUUAGUCUGAGCUGCAGUUUGAGAACACAAAAAAUACUUUCCAAUGUGUUUUUCUAUCACAAUGACAAACUUAUUCAAAAUGAUACCCGAGGGGAGCUGAAGAUCUCUGCAGUGUCAAAGUCUGAUGAAGGUUUCUACAAGUGUCAGUACUCAGGAAGAGAGUCAGCACAGAGCUGGAUGUCAGUUAAAGUCAUUACAGUAACUGUGUCAGGAGCUGACAGCUCUUCAUCUCCUGUGUGGUUGAUGGUUGGACUGGUUUGUGGAGUCUCUCUCAUUAUUAUUCUCCUGCUCUUGUUGUAUCGCUGCAGACAGUCCAAGUGUUCCUGCUUCACCAGGUCGAUCCAGUCUGAGAGUCACAGUCCGGGCUCCUCCACAAAUCAUGGAGUCAACCAGAAUGAAACUCAUGUGUACGACUCUCUUCAACAUGGUACUGCUGACGUCUAUGAAUCAAUCAAACAAUUCAAAAACAGAAAUGGGGAGCAUCAUAAACCGGAGGGGAGUGCUUUUUACAUCAAUGUACAGAUGGGAGCUGCAGGUAAAAAGUCUGUCUGCACCUUCUAAACAAAGCCUGUAAGGAUACAGGAAGUCACAGACACCAGGGGCAGUCGGUGACCCCUCACACAUCCUUAAAGCUGAUAUCCACCAGCUUCUCAUGUAUUCAUCCAGCAAUUCCUCAGUCACCCGAGCUCAGAGCAGAAUUCCUCAUUCCCUCAAACAUAAGUAUAAACAUUUUUUUUCCCUCACCACAGAACAUCUAUAGCUGGGACAUAAAAAAUAUCAAGUUCAUUCAUGCUGUAUAUAAAACAGGUUCAUAUGUGAAAUGUAUGCAAUUAUAUUUGUGACUUAAGAUGAACAUUUGUUUUUCUCACCAACAGUUCUACUGAGUAACUGAUUUUUUGCAUGUUCUCCAUUCUUCGUCUUCCAGUUUUACUGAUUUGCUUUACGUCUGAUUUGUAACUCUCAACAACCCGACAUUAAUACUUUUAUUAAACUUACCAAACUAUUUUUAAUAUGCACUCUAGUUAUAGCUUUUUCCACCUCACUUUACAUUCAGCUUGUGGUUAAUUUUUUUUGUCUUUAUAGUUUUAACAGCUUGUCACUAUUUUUAGUCAUUAUUAUUUUUUGUCUGUGGUGCCUCCAGAAAUCUAUGUUUAACUUUAGUCAUUUUAACACAUUUUUAACAUUUCAGCCAUAGUUUCAGUGAAAUAUUCCAACUUUUAUCUCCCCUUUUAACCCUUACUUAUCUAUUAUAUUCAUUUAUUUGGACUGUUUCUAUUUCUACUGUGUAUUAUUAUUCUAAGCCUCUUCAGCUGCUUAAACUGCGAUUUCUGUUCUCAGAUCAGUUUAAUAUUUCCUUGUACUUCCUGUAUAACAGAAUUACUGUCUGUGGUACUUGUGAAUACAAGGACCUGCUCUCCUGUUGCUGUCUCAGGUAGUCUGUAUCAAGUAUAAAAAAAAACUGAUGACGACCGAACUUACAAGUAAGACUUAAUACAUAAAUAAAGUGUGAAUUUUAUUUUCUUUUGUGUGUAAAAUGUCUCAUUUCACGCCCAGAGUUAGGAGAAAAACACACAUAAGUAUAAUGCUUUAGAGUGAAACAUAAAAAACUGUUUGUAAUAAUAAAAACUGAUCUGACAUCAAGCAGAUUUUUUUGCCAAAUGUCGAGUUUCAUUUUCUCAGCACUUGACUGUCCACAGAUAAACCUGCUCACCUGUUUUAGAAAGAAAGCUUGUGAUCAAAAAGUCUGAAAUACUGAUAAAACUCAGAGUUGUAACCUAAUAGAUAGAAGCACAGAAGAAGUUUCUAACUGCACUGAUUUUGUUUAUAUUUUUCUGCUUAAUAAUUUGC